AUGAAAUGUCUACGUUGUCACAAUACAUAUGUGUUUAUGCUCAACAAAUACCUAUUUAGCCCAUGUAAUCAAUCCUCUUUCCCUCCAGCCCAACCAAGCAAACCAAACUGAACCCCUCUAAUACCCCACUCCACAGUACACCCCUCACUCGCUGCGUGAGAUUUUUUUUGGGUGUAGUGGAUAUGCCAGUUUGAAUGAAUUUCUAUUUGGCCUUUACUUAUAAUGGAACUCUUAAUUUCUUCAUUGGUUAUUACAGUAUUUCUCUUCUAUUCUUCUCCUCUCUGUUUCUUCUACCUUUCCCCAUAACUUAAACCCCUCUCCAAUUUUGUCCAACUUUAAUUUUUGGAUUUAUAGUCUUUGAUUUGAACUUUAAGCUUUUCAAGAUUUGUUUUUGAUGAUUUUGAGGGGAAGAUACUAUAUGGUGAUUAUUUCCGUGGGUUCCUCUUCACUGCUUCUCAUAUUUUCCAUUUCCAAAUUUCAAUACCACAAAUAAACCCCAAAAGUCCAUACUUAGCUGCUUCUUUUUUCUUGACAUUUUUAUCUCAACUUUGCAAAACAAGCCAAGAAAAGAACACCCUUUUCUUAUUUUUGCAUAAAGACAAUAUCUUUAUUGUUAUUUUGCAUGGAUAAUAGGUUGGUAGGUGAUCAAGGUGGGAGUAGUAGUAACAUGUUUAGGGACUAUAGAAAAGGGAAUUGGACAAUAAAAGAAACAAUGGUUUUAAUUGAAGCAAAAAAGAUGGAUGAUGAAAGGAGAAUGAGAAGGCAAGAGGGAAAACCAACAGAGUUAAGAUGGAAAUGGGUAGAGGACUAUUGUUGGAGAAAUGGUUGUUUGAGGAGCCAAAAUCAGUGUAAUGACAAAUGGGAUAAUCUCAUGAGAGAUUUCAAGAAAGUAAGAGAAUAUGAAAGAAGAGUUGUUGAGGCUGGAGGAGAAGAAAAUAUAACAUCUUAUUGGAAGAUUGAGAAGAAUGAAAGGAAAGAAAAGAACUUGCCUACUAAUAUGUUGCCUGAGAUUUAUGAGGCAUUAGUUCAAGUUGUGGACAGAAAAAGUCAAAGAAUGUUGUUACCUUCUUUACCUCCCACAUUGCAACAACAAUCUACUCCUUUGCCACUUCCACCAAUUACAACAACAGUAGCACAAACACAUUAUACUACUAACAUUCCUUUUCCCACAAUGUGUGAUAGCUCAGAUCCUGAUCAUAGCAGUGAGCGUUCAGAUUCACCAGCAAAGAAAAGAAGAAUGAGUGGAGGAGGUGAAGGAACUAGUGGCACAUCAAAAGGUAACAUUAACAAUUCAUCACAAGAAGUUGGCACUGCCAUCUCCAAGAGUGCUGCCAUCAUAGCAGAAACAAUUCAGUCUUGUGAAGACAGAGAAGAUAGAAGGCACAGAGAACUCUUAAGCUUGCAUCAGAGAAGGCUACAAAUUGAAGAGUCAAAGGUUAAGAUCAAUAAAGAAGGCAUCAAUGAACUUGUUGAUUCUAUCAAUAAAUUUGCUAAUUCCAUCCUUGCUUUGGCUGGUAACAAGAACCAAUCAACUGAUCCUAAAUAGCUAGUAUUUAAUUCUUCUUACUCAUUUGGUGAAAAAGUAGAAAAAUUUAAAGGCUGUAAUUGGAGACAUAAGUAUUAUUUCCAAUUUCAAUUGCUUGUACAGUGCUAGCUGCUGAUGAAUAUUUGAAUAUCAUCAUCAUGUGUCUUUGUCAAUCUUGAAUAGUAUAAUUAUGUUGUGGUUUCAUGCUAUAUCCUCUCAUAUAAUACCAAGUUAAUGAGCU